AUGCCGACUUAUGAUCGCCUCAUUCGCUAUGGCAUGAUCACGCCUAACAUUUGCUUGCUUUGCUUAAAAGAUAGUGAGAACCAGGAUCAUCUCUUCUGGAAUUGUGAGCGUGUCAAGGAGAUUUGGGUUACGUUCCUUGGUUGGUUCAAUUUCACGCAAGGGAUGCAUGCGAACGAUAUUCAUAGUUUAUUGGUGAAAGCUUGGCAGUAUGAACUUAGCCCUCUCGCCGGUAAUUUCUGGAAAGCGGGUAUCAUCACAGUCAUCUGGGCCAUCUGGACGCAGCGAAAUAAUUGCAUCUUUGAUAAUCAAAAGUUCGAGGCCCGUCGUGUCAUUCAAACAGUGAAAGUUGCCUUCAAAGAUAUUGAUGUUAAUUUCUCCAAAUUAGGCUAUAUGUGGAAUUCUUGGUCUGAUUACCUUAUUCUCCGCGCCGUGGGUGUUGCUACCAGGAGUGCUCCUCCACCGGAGUUUGUGGAAGUCCAUUGGUGGCCGCCUGUUGCGCCAUGGAUCAAAGUGAAUACUGAUGGUUCGGCAAUGGAAGCACCGGGCAAUAUUGCAGCUGGCAGAGUUUUUCAUGACAACUGGAAUGUGGUGCGUGGUUGUUUUCACUUCAAAGGUGGUUCGGGUUAUGCCUUCGAAGCUGAGCUUCUGGCUAUUAUUUCGGCUAUUCAAAUUGCUAACAGAUGCGGGUGGCACAAGUUAUGGAUUGAAGCAGAUUCCACCUACGUGGUCUCUCUUCUUAAUUCUCGUUCCUCGGCUGUGCCUUGGCGAUUUAAGGCAUCUUGGAAUAAUAUUUUAGAGAUGUUAGAGGGCUUCUCGCUGCAGGUUACUCACAUUUUUAGGGAGGGAAACAAAGCGGCGGAUAUUAUGGCCAAUCAAAAACGUUUGGAAGGGUGGUGGCCGCACGAAAUUGAGGAGAUUAAGGCUGCGGUUCGGCUUGAUAUGGCUUCGCACAGCCAUCUGCGUCUGAAAUGCUAA